UCAUCACUACAAACUACUAGCCUAACAGAAUAGACGAUGCAAUGCAAAUUGCAAAACUUUUCCAAAUAAAAAAAGAAGGAAAACAAAAAGGAUGCAAUUCAUAUUCCAUGGUGUAAUAAAGCUACCAAAACCAAACCAUUCCGAGCCCAAUCAAUGCCGUCGGAGAUGUAUAUACAGUACCAUAUACUCCUAGUAUUAGCAAUUCAACAAGAACGCCGUACUCUUUUUUUAAUAAGUAAAGUACUUUCUUCUUUACACUUCUAGCGAGUACAGACCCAUCAUCCCAUGCCUUUUAAUUUAACAGAAACAACAGCACUAAUAAUAACAUGCUCCUCGAUGAGUACGUAGUCAAAGAACACGAUGAAAAUGAACGAAUCGCGAAGCAGGACAUAACAUAAAACACGUCGCCGUUUGAUUCUUAUCCGAACGGAAUCAUGGCCGGACCCAACGGAUCCACCGGAGACUACGGCAACAAAUCGGAGGCCCCAGCUGAACGACUGGACUCCGACGACGCCGCCCACUGGGGAACAUGGGAAGAUCUAUUGCUAGUCUGCGCCGUCAACCGUUACGGCACCAACAGCUGGGAAUCCGUCGCCCUCGAAAUCCAGAAACGGUCUACCUCUCCUUUCCUCUCGUUAUCGUUAACCCCUCGUAACUGCCAGAUGAAAUACCUCGACCUCACCCGCCGAUUCCUCCUCAAACAUGAUCCUCGUAAUACUGAUAACGACUACAAGGACGACGACGUCGAAGCUGCCGAUCAUGAUGGUAGUAUAAUCUCCACGGAUGAAUCGGUUCCCUUGCUCGAAGAGUUGCGAAAGCUCCGCGUUGCUGAACUCCGCCGCGAACUCGAACGUUACGAUCUAUCCAUCGUGACGUUGCAAUCGAAGGUGAAGAAAAUGAAGGAAGAAAGAGAGAGGUGUUCGACAGAGAGUGAGAUUAGAGAGGAGAAGGCAUCAGUUCUGAGGAAAAGUGAAGAGGCGGAGGCUCCGCCGGAGAGAGAUGCGUCUGAAGAUAAGGUAAAAGUUAUUAUGGAUGAGCUGGAAAAGUCACCGUCAUCGAUGGCCAACAAGAAGGAUGAGCAGUCCGUGAAUGGAUCCGUUCCCAAGGACGGAAGAGUUGGGGAAAUAGAAGCCGGGAGAGACGAGGUGAAAGUGAAAGAACCCGGUCGAAUCGGGGAGGGGCAUGAAGAACCGGUUCGGACAAUGGAGGAUAAGCUGGUUAAGGAAGAGGAUUCGGGUUAUGGAAGUUCAGAUAGUGUGGAGAGAGAAUACCGGAAGCCUGGACCUGAAUCGGUUCCGAACGAAGUGAAGGUAGAACCGGAAUCGGUGAGUCACUCACCUGAGUUAGUGGAAUCGGUGGCCGAGUCAAAGGAUGGUGGUGGUGAUGGAGUGUGUGGAGAUGAGGAAGCGACGACCAAGGAAUGUAACUCAGACGUGCAAAGCUCAGCGACUAAAUCGAGGAGAGAUGGUGAAAACGACGACGUGCUUCCCGGGAGCACUAAGAAUCUGGAUCUCCAAAACGACAAUAGGUCUCCAUCCGUUAAAUUAGAAGCUUCAGUUGAAUCUCAGCCGUUAAUCGACUUUCUAGAUCAUAUGAAAGGUCACAAGCUCGGCUCACUAUUCCUGCGCCGGCUCGACAGCCAGGAAGCUCCAAAUUACAAGAGCUUGAUCCGGCAACAUGUUGACCUUGAAACAGUGCAAAGAAGGGUCAAAGAAGGUAUUUAUUCGGAUAGCAAUCUCAAGUUCUUUCGCGAUCUACUGCUGCUUGUCAACAAUGCCAUGGUCUUCUUCGGCAAGAAUACCCCAGAAUUUCUUGCUGCAAUGGAGCUUCGACAUCUUAUUGCAAACGAGAUGGCUCGGAGAAAUGCCAAGUCGUCAGGUUCAUCGUCUGAAAAACAAGCUUCACUACAAAAAGCAUCCUUGCCUGACAAGGGAAGCUCUGAACCAUCAGAAUCUUUGCUCCGAAAACCUAAGCUUGGAGGUCAAUUGAUUGUUUGCCGGAAACGUAGCUCAAUUGCUGCAAAAGCAUCUGCAUCAUCAUCAGCAUCUGAUAAGAAGAGAGACCAAAACAAAAUGCCAACUGAGGAUAGCGCUGGCCUGGAUUCCAAGCACCCAUCCCGCCGUCAACAGCCUGCUAGGGCUGAAGAACCAAGAAUCACGAAGAAGAGAUCAGCAGAUAGAUUUGCUUCAGUUUCCACGAGCUUGAAGAAAAAUGCCAAAAAUGGUACUGGCACUAAUUCCAAACAAAUGUCAGGCACAAAUUUAGAGAAGAACAACAAAGGGAAGGGAGGGUCAUCUUCUCAGCAACCGGACCCUAGAUGUGAAAAUAAGAACAACCAAUCAAGUGCAGACUUGAAGAAACGUAGUGCAGCUAACUUCUUGAAUCGAAUGAAGCAAAGCUCUUCCUCCAACAACAGUACAUUAUUAGAUGCAUUGAAGGGUACCCCACUCACUGCUUCCAAUAACAGCAGAGGAGGAUCUGAGCUCAAGAAAAAUGAAAAUAGUAAGGCGAGUGGGGGAUCCAAUCUUAAGAAGAAUGAGCAUGGAAAGGGAAGUGGAGGAUCCGAGCAUAAGAAGAAUGAAAACGUCAAGUGGAGUGGAAAGAAAGCACAGGUCUCUACAAGGAGUUCAGAUGCAAAGCAGGCAAAGGAAAAGACUAUCCCAGCAACGAAAUCGCUUGGAAGACCACUAAAUAAAGGUGCUGCACCUCCUACUCCAUCUGGUAAACGGGGUAGAGGUGAUAGAGAGAGUGAAUCAGCAGCUUCAAAACAACAAAGAAAAAAGCCAAGAAAGUAAAUGGUCCUUCCUUUAUAUAGUAGUAUUUUGUUGGUUAAUGUUAGUCUGGUGGUUACUUAGCCCAUUUGAUUUGAUGUGCUACAGCGUAGCAUAUUUUUU